UGGUAUGCUAUUUCAAAAAUAGUUUCUCCUAUUAUUUCUGCACUAUAAAGUAAGCUUCUUGAAAAUAAUGUCUAACAAUAAAGAAACACCGGAGCACCUCCAAGCCCAAAACAUCAUCGUCAUUCAUCCGGGGUCGCUGUACCUGCGGAUAGGUCGAGCUUCGGAUGUGAAUCCCUGUCGAAUACUGCACGCCAUUGGCCGCCGGCGCAAGCCUGAUGGUCAAGUCUAUCGGGACGUAAUUCUCCCGACACCAGUUGCAAAACCGAAGGAACCGUUGUCGGAAUUCGAUGAGUGCCGGUUACAGGUAUCGCAUACGUUGCAAUCAUGUGUUCAAUCGGAUGGUCGAAGAAGAUAUGCGACUCCGCCACAGCAGAUAUCCGCAUUCAACCGGCGAUCGACACCGGAAGUCGUGCAAGGAUCCAGAGUUGAUUGGAAAGAUGACCUACCGGGUGAUACGGUAUUUGGGGAGGAAGUGCUGGGGUUAAAUCCCAGUGGAGAAUUUAAUAUACACUAUCCGGUUAAGCGGGGGGAGUUGAAUCUGCACAAGAAUAUUGGUGGAUCCAUGUCCGGAGUUAUGUGCGACCUUCAAGACAUUUGGGAGUACGUGUUGAGACAUCGGUUGCGAAUCGAUUUGAAACAGUUGAAACAGUACAAGGCGGUUUUGGUAAUUCCGGAUAUUUACAAUAGGGCACAUUUGAAAGAGCUGACGACUUUGUUGUUGAACAAGAUAGGUUUCGGAUGUUGCUUCCUGGUGCAGGAUCAUGUGUCAGCUACGUUCGGGGCAGGUCUGGGCUAUGCUUGCGUCGUAGACGUUGGAGAUCAGAAGACGUCGGUUUCCUGCGUGGAAGAUGGAAUUUCCCAUCCCAACACAAGGGUACGAUUGGCUUACGGAGGCGCUGAUAUAACGCAAGCCUUUUUCUGGAUGCUGCAAAAGUGCACCUUUCCGUACAAAGAAUGCGACCAAAGUCGUCCCCAGGAUGCGUUUCUGCUGAAGCAGCUUAAAGAAGAUCUUUGCCACGUUAACUUGGAUGUUUGUGGUGCGCAGGAAAAGACUUUCACAGUGAAUCAACCUCAGCAGGAAAGGCGUAAGUUCACCCUGCAAAUCGGCGACGAAGCAAUCGUUGCUCCGCUAGGGUUGUUCCACACGGAGUUGCUAUCCGUAACGGGAGCAAACAAGUCCGUCCCCAUAACGCAGAAACCGUCCGGAGCUCAGCCAAAUCCGGAGGAUUGUUUCGAUGCAGAAUAUUUACGCGAAACCGGUCGACGGGGGAAGGAGAACUUAGAACAGACGGCCAACGAGAGCGGGAUUGCGAAUGCGGAAAAUCAGGACGAAGAUAUGGUGGUCGAAGGACUGGAGCAGGAGAAGGAGGGAAAGCUGAACGAGAAGGACUUUAUACUGCCCGGUGGACAGAUGAUUGGAAUCGAUCAGGCGGUGCUGCAGAGUAUUGAGCGGUGUCCUAACGACGAACUGAAGCGGAAAAUGUACGGUUGCAUUCUGGUCGUCGGUGGCGGUAUGAAAUUCACCGGUAUUAGCAAUUGGCUGCAGAACCGGGUGGCUCUCAAGAUUCCGCUGAUGUACCGCUCGGAGCACAACAUCGUGACCAGUUCGAAGGACAUCGACGCGGAGAUUACCGCCUGGAAGGGAGCGGCCAUCAUGUCCUGUUUGGAAAGUGCCACCGAACUGUGGCUAACCGAGGCCGAAUGGUCCCGCUACGGACUUCGGAUACUGCGCGAAAAAGCUGUGUUCAUGUGGUAGUCUACAGAUAUUUUUUUUUUUAUUUAAGUAAGUAUGUUUGCACUUCAUUUUUCUCUAAGUAAUAAUAAGUGAUUCCUACAACGGUAAUCGCGUUGAACUCGUGGAAGAACGACGACGAGAGUCAGUCGACUCUGAUAAGUCUAAUUCAGGAUAAUUUAUUGCUAACUCAUGUCCGGGACGGGACAUGCUGUGAUUGUGAAAAUUGAGCUGAUUGCAAUCUAAAAAUCGAUUCCUAAUCUCUCUUUUCGGUGGACGUUGAACUAAAACUAAGUUCUAAAGACUACUUACACAAAAGUAUAAAGCUAUUUGCUAAAAUUUCAACUGUCCAUCUGUCCAGUACAGCAGGUCGAUUAAAACGAAAUUCUUUGGCUUCAACAUGAA